UGUUAGUAAAUGUACAAAACAGUAUUAGCUACUAAUAAUUGUUUAAAAUAAAACAAUAUUUGAUAAAAAGAUUCACAAAUUAAAUUAUUACUGAUAAUACUAAAAUUAAAUUUUUAAUAAAAUAAGCCAAAAUAAUACCAGUUAAAUAAAACAAACAUGAUAGUGGAUAAUUUUGUUUUUAUUCUAAAUAUCAUUGUAGCCACCAUGCGACAUGUUACACUUUGGAUCCGGACAAUAAUUUUGACUCGCAAACAAAGGGAACAAAGUUUCAUCAAGGGUGUUUUAUCAAUGGAAGACGGUCUAGAUUUCACCAUGGACUAUUACGAUGGAUUAAAAACUAUGAGACCAGUUAACAAUUCAUCAAAACUUAAAUUGCUAGAAAUCGGAGGUGGCGUUGGGAGAUUAUUUGCAAAUUACCCGGAUAAUUGUCAAUGCUAUGCUUUAAAUUGUAACAGACUUUUGGAACCAUAUUUCCGACAAAAUAUUUCCAAAUACCCGACCCUUGAGUUCAUGGACUAUAUCGUCGGAGAUGUGGAGGAUAUGUACCACAUCGGCGACAACUCUAUGGAUGCCGUCAUUUGGUGUUCGGUCUUAUGUUCGGCCAAUAGUCCGACGAAAGCACUGAAGGAAGUCAUGAGAGUCUUGAAACCGGGUGGACACAUAUACUUUAGCGAACACUGUUUGUACCCUGAUGAUAGUGUUAAGCACUUAGUACUGCAAUAUUUCCAACGCUCAAUGAAUGGCAUGCAGCGAGUGAUUGGCAACGGAUGUCAAUUGACUCGCAAAUCAUGGGUUGAUAUCGAAAGGUCCGGUUUCCGUGACCUCACUAUUAUACACGUGGUUCGCGACGACCCACGCGCUGUGCUCUUCAACUCCUGGAUAUUUGGACAUGGAGUUAAGCCACAAUAGACCUUGGUAGUUGUCAAUGAUAUUAAUCGAGAAUGUAUAUUAGAUAAUAAAUUUUUGAUGGAUUUAGAUUUUAAUUAAUAUUAUGUCACACUGUGUGACCAACUCGGUAUAUAGUCAUUAGUAG